AUGUCUACCAUGAUUCUCCUUCCCUCUGAGCCAUCAACGAUCGAUGCUUCGAAUUUUCAAAUGGACAGGAAGACCCGGUUCAUCAUCCAUGGUUUCAUAGACAAGAGAGACGAGAGCUGGCUGCUGGACAUGUGCAAGAACAUGUUUCAGGUGGAGGAGGUGAAGUGCAUCUGCGUGGACUGGAGGAGGUGCUCCCAAACCAGCUUCACACAGGAGGCCAACAAGGUGCAGGUGGUGGGCACCCAGGUGGCCCAGAUGCUCAGCGUUCUCUUGAUGAGUCAGACAAACUACAGCUACUCACCUUCCAACGUGCACCUCAUUGGCCACAGCCUGGGAGCUCAUGUGGCUGGUGAGGCAGGCAGUGGGACUCCAGGCCUGGACAGGAUUACAGGGUUGGGUCCCAUAGAAGCAAGUUUCCGGGGUACUCCCGAAGAGGUUCGACUCGAUCCCUCUGACGCUGUCUUUGUAGACGUGAUUCACACAGAUGCAGCUCACCUGAUCCCGUUCUUGGGUUUUGGAACGAACCAGCUGGUAGGCCACACUGACUUUUUCCCCCAAGGAGGGGAGGAGAUGCCAGAAUAUGAGAAAGCCCUGUCACAGAUCAUAGAUCUAGAUGGCAUCUGGACAGGAACCCAGGACUUUGUGGCUUGCAAUCACUUAAGAAGCUACAAGUACUACUCAGAGAGCAUCCUCAACCCCAAUGGGUUUGCUGUGUACCCCUGUGCUUUCUUGGGCACUGUCCCACUGCAAGGCUGUUGUCCUCCCAUGUUUGGGGAAUGUUUCUAUUUCUCUAUUUCAAGGGGAAUUAUGAUGCCAAGCUCUACCCAUUCCUAUGAGUUUGAUGCAAAGCUCUAUGUCGGAACAAUUGAGAAAGUCAAGUUUCUCUGGCAUAACAAUGUGGUAAAUGCAACCUUCCGCAAAGUGGGUGCAGCCAAGAUCACGGUGCAAAAGGGAGAAGAGAAGACAGUGUACAACUUCUGUAGCGAAGGAACUGUGAAAGAAGACAUGCUGCUCACUCUCACGCCCUGUUAA